CGGUGACUGCCGGGCUCCCAUCCGCAUGCCCGACUCUUGCAGUAGUGGUGCUGUUGCCCAAGGAGCGCUAACCCAGGCCAUCUUGUGGAAUAACAGUUGGCACUGGGGUAUGCAGUCUCUAGGUACGGCAGGUGAGUAAUACAACAUGUCAAAUGCUUGCAAAGAGCUCAAUAUGGGAGCGGCCGCUUGGGAAGUAAGGUAGGCUGGCUCAUGGCGUCCUGCAUUUUUGGAAGUGUGCACCACGCAACAGAAAACGUGGACUACCUAAGGUAGGGCUUGGUUGGUUUCCGGACACAUAGGCAUGGUUUGGUCUGGCCCAAGUGUGUGUAACUCCAGUUUAUUGUCCUUUUUAUCUAGCUGUCGCUACUGGCCCAAGUUUGGGUACUCGACUUUCUUCCCUUCCCUUCUGUGUGGUCGUUGGUAGCGGGGAAAUGUCUUGCUUUUACAGGCCAGCUUGUUCCAACCAAACGGGCAGCCGGGAAUGGACGAAGCCGUUGUAUCGUUCAGUGGCUGCUACGAAUUCUCUGACUCCCGGAUCCCAACCACCAACCACCACCCACCAAACAGCCCAUCUGUGCCAUGCUUUACCUUGCUUGGUCUCGCAACUCUCGCCACGCCAUGCCAUGCCAUCUCAGCAGGAUUGUUGCUUGCGGCGUUCCUGGUUCGUACCUUGAAGCUGACAAGUGACAACACGGUAGGUAGCCUUGGAUACUCCGUAGUGAGUGGACCGCACUGUUCUGGUUUUACAGAAUGCAGGGGCUGGAGAUCCUUUCCCCUCCCUCCUCCUUUUUUGUCAGGUCAAGUCAAGUCAAGUCAAGUCGAGUCCACUUCCACUUCGACAAUAUCACGCCACUUAGGUCGUAGUCCUUUGAGGACUUGGGUAUUCCUAGAUCUAGGCCUCUUCGGGCAACUUAUCUGGAACCCAAGGUUUCACGCAAAUUCUAGCGCUGCGGCAAAGGCACUAUCGCGCAAAGUAGCUUUGACAGCGGCAGCUGGCUAGCGUUUGCCUCUUGGUGCAAGUGCGGUGCGGUACGGUGCACCCACCACUCGAACCCCCUCCUUCGAGCCCUCGCCUCGCCUUCUUCUCAUAGCAGAAACCCUCCGGCAAAGCCACUACUCCAGGACGAGGACGAGGACGAGGACGACAACGACAACAGACGACGUGCCAGGACACAAGCGCCAGUAGUAGUAGCCUUAUUCAUUGCGUUUCAGCCCCGGUUCCAUGGCGACAGUUAUACAGUAGAGUUCUUCCGGCAAUCAUCAACCUGAGGUCGCCUCUCCAAACGCCUCGAAAUAGCCUCGGAUCUCCCAGCGCCCCACGACCACGGCUUCUUGCGCUUUCGUCCAAUGUAAAUGUGGUUGUACUACAGCUGCAUCUUUGUCCGGCACGCAACGAGCCACAGCUCAAGUCAUAGCAGACUGUUCCUCCAAGCCUUCCUUGAAGCUUCUGCGGGGGCCACAAACUGCCAUCAGCCACUUUCCUUCUGCGUACCGCAUCGUAUCGCUUCCUCGGCAUCUCUAAGGCACAGCAGGGAAUAAGAGGGCACACAAGGAGGGCAGGGACUGGAUACCUAGAAGGCUAUCUCCAUCUCUAGCACGUGAAGGGACCUUUUUCUCGCCUGCCAGCCUUCACGCCUUGCCGCAGAACCCCCAUGGUCAGGGGUUAGGGCCUUGCAACGACAUUUUUAUAAUUCUUUAUUUUAUCAGCCCAGAGAGGGGCAUGCCACCCCCGUCCAGACUGCAGGGAACACAAUACCGCUGCUAGACUACCCACUAGAGUUUCCACUAACCUGUUGACACCCCCCAGACGCCCAUAAUCCCUCCCCUCCCCUCUUACGACUGCCCAUCCUGCAGUGGAACUUAGAACCUCGACGGGCCAGAAGUAUACCACAGGGACCUCAUCCUCUUCGUUGCGCCGAAGAGUGUUUGGGUUGCCUUCAUCUGUCCUGUCCACGGCUACAGCAUUACUCUCUCGGCUUCUUUGGCUUCAGAUACGACGCUUCUCUCAGUCAAGCCGCUCAUUUUGAAUGGCUCUCGAGUGCACUUGAGCAGCCACCAGUCUGCUGUUCGCGCGGGUAAGCUGCGGCUUCAACGUCUUACAAAGCUCGCGUGAACUCAAAGUGCUCGUAGCCACCUCCAAGAUCGGGCCCCCUUGAAAGAGGACAUAUAGCCACAUCGGGUGAAGCCUUCGGAACAAUCCCCUUGCUUUGAACUUAAUCAUAUCUACAAUCAUCGUCUCCUGUCGGCCGCCACUCGUGUCUCAAGAGAUACUUCCAUCGAGCUUCAAGCUCAGCAGUUCGCCCGACUCACCACCUUCAUAGCGUAUUCGGCGCUGUACAUUGCGCACAGCUCUGUCAGCCCGAUCUCGGGAAUUCGGGGUAACAAAAUAAGUUUCGAGGGAGAAUGGUUGGAGACCCGGGGACAAGGAGACUACUCCCACAAAACUCACAGAUGCAGAGUUUCUCUUUCGCGCCCAAUAACUUUGGGCAAAGAGAAAACCAGAAGAAUUAUGUUUUCGUCGAUGAGCACAACCGUCACAAGCGAUUGAAGGUAAUGAGAGCAUGUGAAGGAUGUCGGAGACGGAAAAUCAAAUGCGAUGCCGCAACUACAAAUACAUGGCCCUGUUCGGCUUGCAUUCGAUUGAAGCUGCACUGCGUUCCUCCGACUGUUAAUUAUGACCGAGACUUCCCUGGAAACCAAGGAUUCGAGGGAGAAAGAAUAGAAUAUGAGAGCGGCGGUAGUGGCGACGAUGAUUACCAGCACCAGUUGGCAAUGCAGCAGCAGAUGAGCGGGCCACACAAAAACAUUCCCCCGAUUUAUACACAUCAGAUGCCAUAUCCAGAUUCCGCCGGUGUGUACCAUCCUGGGCCCUAUGGUGAGCCUUCCUCGAGUCAUAGCCAAGCUAGUAUGCACUACAGCAACUUGCAAACGCCUGUAAGCGUUGUCGACCAGCACCAGAACUACCCUCCUCAGCCCGGUUAUUCGUCAUUACCGUUGCAGCCACAACCUUCUCAUCCAGAGACACCGGAAGCAUACGAGCAAGAUCAGUACGGGCAGCAGAAUCUUGCCGAUCUAUUAGGCGAGUUGAGAAUGAACGAAGCGGGUUCAGCACCAUACCUGAACAACAAGAACAAGAACAAGACUUUGCAAGAAGAGCCAGCUUUCGAAGAUGCUGAUGAUUACAAACUCGCCCUGCCAACUACUCUAUCUGGUCCUGAUCUAAAAGUUAGGAUCCCGCCUGAACUGAUGCCAGAUGACCAGACAGUCAUGGAGUAUUUUGAUAUGUUCUUCAUGAACGUUCACCCAUACGUUCCGGUCCUGAAUAAAUCACUAUUCUACCAGCAAUGGCACACAAAUCGAGACUCUCUAUCUCCUCUGAUACUAGAGGCUAUAUUUGCAAUUGCUGGAAGACUCGCAGAUGAACCAUCACAAGGACACCAGUGGUUAGCACUCGCAUCCAAACAUGCCGAUUCAUUCAUGGAUGUCCCUCGGCUGAGCACACUCCAGGGGAUGCUCAUCGUUCUGAAAGCCAGGGAGUCGGCACCAAAGAGGGGCUACUAUUUCCGUUCUUGGAUGACUGUUGUGGCGUGUGUGCAGAUGGCAAAAGAUCUUGGGCUAGAUGAGCACUUUGACGAGCACAAGGCUGGAAGACCGUGUGGAUCUGAUCUGGCAGACUGCAUAACGAAAACCCGAAUAUGGCAGACAGUCUUUGCUUGCGAACUGAUGGUUGGCUCACCGCAAGGUCGGACCGAUCUGGCUGUUGACAUGGAGUCAUUGGAUCUGAGCAUACCAAGAUCUGUUGUAGGAAACGACGAAGCUGAAUUUCACGUCACCCGAAACUUCGCUUAUUUCACCAAAAUUGUUCGCAAUGUUCGAAGGGCGAAUAAUGUGUACGCAAAAAUAAAGAAGAAGAAGGAUUGGGGUAUCGAUCCGGAUUUCGUACAGUUGAAUCCGUCUUUCGAAUCCUGGAUGAAUGAUCUACCGCCCGAUCUGCAGGUAACGUUUCCUCCGGAUGGCUCACGGCCAUGGCUACCUUCUCAUUUCAUCGGAAAUCUCCAUUCGUACUACUACCUCAGUAUCAUCAUGCUUCACCGACCUCAGCUCACAUUUAUGGAACCAACUGGAAUGGAUGGAGGUUGGAAGCAUCAUAUGAUGAUUUGCUAUUCUUCAGCAAAGUUAUUGUGCAGAUUACAGGAAGCAACUUUGGAGUCCUUUGGAAUGACUGGGCUUCUGUGCAUGCUCAGGGGUAUCAACUUUACCAUUUACUGCAUAUUGACAUGCACAGUCCUCCAUCUGGUUGCUCUCACUUCGCCAGACCCAGACCUCAACACCGAUGCACGUGAAUACUUCACUCGUCAUAUGAGGAUAUUGGAAAAGUGCACUAGUUCUUGGCCGAUGCCGGACAUGCAACAACAGAUCGACGCUCUCCGAGAGGCAUUCUCUGCCGAUACCAGAAAACCAUUUGUCCUCAAGCCAAGCUUCCCCUAUGGUAGCCCAGGAGGUUCAAUCCAAAGCACUCCUCCACGAUCAAAUGCUCAGUAUCAUCCGCAUGCAUCGUCACAGCAAGGUUUGGAGCAACAACAUGCACCGCAACAAGUCAGUUACACUGCCCACCCUAUCUCACCACCUAUUUCUGCCGGAGGUGUGGACACGAAGAGUGACUCUCCUGCCGUACAGUCUCUUGUUAUGAUGGCCACUGGUCAACGAGGUCCUCAACCUCAGCCACCGAUCUCAACAGGGGUUCCGAUGUCCGACCCGUCAACAUGGAACCCCUCGCGCAUUUUUGAUCAAUGGAACACCACAUUUGGUACGACCCCUGCUCAAAGCACCUCCGCUCCCCAAGUCACCCCUCUAAAAAUUCCGAUUUCAGGUGCACAAGAGAUACCCACAUUGCCUGAGUUGCAAAGUCUACCCAACACAAAUCUACAGCCGAACCCACAUACCCUUCCCCCACAACAAUAUUCUGGGCCUGCAAUACCUUCAUUCGUCAGCCCAAGUAUGUGGCAAGAAAGUGUUGCAAGUGUAUAUGAGGGUGGGCUGAAGAGGCAACAUCAAUGGGACUACGAUGAGAAUGUUGCGAAACGAGCACGAUGACUGCGAGUCGGCGACAAGAUAAUAUGAAUGAUGAUUACUAUGGACAACGAGAAUGGCGCCGAUGGGAGAUAUUGGGACUGAUCGGACAGCUGAUGGAUCAGAUGUAAUUGUUAAAACGGGCUGGAAGGCGGUGGGCGGGGCAGGUGUCAAGAUUAAAGGUAUUGACGCAACGGACGUGAUUCUCAGCAUUUGUGGGAGUCUGGGGUCAUCUCUGAAUUUUCACGUUUAACGAAAAGCACGAAAAGGAGUUCUGGCAGUUCGUGGGUGUACACACGGAGAGCAUUGCCCGUUGGCGGAGUUGGCAAACCCAGCGCCUGGGUUGGGCUUGGAGUUCUUUCGUGAUCUUCUGGUACAUAUUUGGAUAGGCUUGAUCAUAUGGGAUAUCUGACUCGUGAUCUAUUCCAGCCCCGAGAGGGGUACUGUAUCGCAGCUUUAUUGAGAAGUGUAAGAUUUACUGACGGUUGGGAAAAUUAAAUACCAUUCGCCAUCUUCCAUGAA